AUGGAACUAAGCACCGCUCUCGACGAUGUAGGAAACCGGGAUAAUGUGCCAUUGAGUAAGACUCAAUUAACUUCUUCACCAUCCAAUCAGCCACCUGGAUCACAGCAGGAUGAAGCACGAACGAUCCAUGUACCAUCCGCCCCAGAGAGGCUCGUACCAGUUCUAGCGGAUAUGCCAUUCGCGCAGGGUGAAAAUGCUAAAACUUACUUUACGCGCCCGAACAGGUACUUCGGUCCAGCUUCAACCUGGAAAUCAUGGACAGAGGAGGAGAGGACGAUAACAGAAAGCAUAGAUGCUAUGCACUGCCGAGAUCUGGGAAUACACCUAGUCAAUUCUUUCGCCCUCAAACGGAAAGCGUCAGUCGCGAUACUGUCUGGGAGGGGACGCAAGCGACGACGAACGACGGAAGGAAAAGACCGAGCGAACCCCGCAGGGUCUAUGGACAACGAUGCGGACACAGCUUCAGCACAUGAAGAUGCGAAUACAACGGUGUUCUCUAUGCCGAAGUGUUGGACUGCUUGGCCCCUGCCUCCCGACAAGGUGCCCAGAGAGGAAUUUCUUCCAAUGACGGCACUUGAUAUGGCAUUUCGGUCUGAAGUUGACACGAGACCCAGCACAAAUCUCGAACAAUGUCUAAUCUCAAAUGCCACAAAAAUCGCGCGAGACCGAUGGGAGACACGCCAAUGGGACAACACGUCCUCAGAACUAAAGACUGAUACCAAAGCCCACACACCAAAAGCUGGAUCAGAAUUCGAAGGUAACAAUGCGACAACGGAAAAUGACGGCUCGGAAGGUGAUGGACAUGACAUGGAAGAAGAGCAGUCAUCUUCAGAGGAUGCUCAGUUUCCCAUGUUCUCCUCCCGAGCAUUUUCAGCAUCAAACUCGCCCGAACCUAAAUGGCGUGGUCUUCAGACCGAACGCAAUGCCGAUCAGACAUUGUUUAAUGAUAAGCCUGUUCCCAUAGCCGAUGAUGACAAGGCCGCGCAGUACUUCCUUCCUAGUGCGAGACAUGUCUUGUCUAAGCUUGAUGAUUUACUUCUUGGUCUACACAAAGCUCGGUAUCCUUAUGCAUCGAAGCCGUACAGGAAGAGCAGCGUUAAAAUUUUGAGUACAUCAGAGGAAAGAGCUAAGAGCACGGGUCUCGGCAGAAGCAGCUCUCGAUCUACGUUCCACAGGAGUCGUUCUGGAAAACCAUCCCCAGCGGCAAGAGAUUCGUCCAACUUUUCUUCCAUGUCCCAGUUGUCAGCAGGAAAGACAAGACCACUCGCGGAGCUUGGCUUACGCGACUGGAGUGACGUGGUGGGCAUGGCGUCGCUUACUGGCUGGGAUCCUGCCGUGGUUGAAAGGGCAAGUGAGCGUUGUGGCCGCUUAUUCGGAGAAAAUAUGCUGUUCCGUGUCUUCCACGAAGGGGAAGCCAAAGAAGUCGAGAAAUCACAUUCCAUCGCCCAUCUUGCCGUAGACAGUGAGGUCUCCGAAGAAGCAAACGAAGAAGCAUUUGGAGCAUCGCAUACUUGUCCGCACGAGUCAUGCCCCAGGCACAGUGUCCCGUUUCGGAAGACUGCGCAUCUACAACAGCAUCUGGAAGAAGUCCAUGUUGCAAGUGGAGGAAACCGGAGUCGAUCUCGGUCGAGAAUGUCAGCAUCGAGAGGCACAAGUGUCGAUUUUAGUGACGUCGACGUCGACAUGCUCGCACAUCCCGACGUUAUAAUAUGCCCAGUUGCAGGAUGUAAACGUGGCCAAAAGCCAUUCCCGACGGGCAGAAGGCUCUACGAGCAUAUUAAGAGAAUCCACCCCGAGGUUGAUGUGAAGACGGUCAAACAAAUGGAAAGCAGGAGACGCGGGGAACGAAGAGGGAGAUGGUCCAAAGAGAAAAUCCGUCAACGAAGCUUGAGCCAAAGGAGGGCGGCGAGUCCUGAAGACAUUGGAAAGCAAAGUCCUCUGGAGCUAGACGAGGAUGACGACGACGACGACGACUAA